AUGGCUCCACUGCAGUGGAAUGAUGAGCAAAUAGAUCGAACCAAAGAAGACUCGCCAGAUGUCGCGUUGGUGUUUUUCCGUGAAGAGGAUUGGGAAAAAGUUAGAAUUUGGUCAACUUCCUCCACACGUCUACGGAUUGGACCUGCCACUUUAGAUUUUGAGAUUGCUAAUCGUCUUAUGGAUAAAUCCGAGUGGGUUGAUAGCUUGGAGAUUGACGCCGCAAUGUACGUAUUCCGGGAGAGAACAUCUUUGAAACGAUGGAGACCUCAUCGUGUCGCCUUCAUGACUGUCGUCUUCAGCAAUAUGAUUAAAAAAGAGUAUGGUCAUUUAGAAGCUCAGGGUAGAAAGAGCUACAUGCUUCAUAAUUUGCUACUGCAGUACGGUAAAGGGGUCCUUCCACCACAUGGCAGGACACAUGAGAUAUGGAAUAUAAAUGUGGAUCGGCUGUAUGUCCAUGUUUAUGUCAGUGGGAAUCAUUGGAUCGCCUUGUGCAUCAGUUUCAUGACGAGGAGCAUUGAUGUGUUCGACUGCUCGGGUAGGAAAAGGUACAAGGAGGUGGAUGGGUUCGCAAACCUUAUUCCGCGUAUUGUCAAGGCAGUUCAGCCUAUGAGACACCAGAAGGAUUUCGCAGUCGGUGCAUAUACUGUUUCCUAUGUCCCCGUUGGGAAUCUGAAUAAAAGUGCAUGUGACUGUGGCGUCUAUGCAGUGAAGUUCAUUGAGUGCCAUGCGCUUGGAUUGGAGUUGUCGUUGUUGCAUGAUGGUAACAUUAUCGAAGCUCGCCACAGGAUUUUAUGGGAUCUUUGGGAAGCAGCUAAUGAUCCGGAAUUGAUUGACAGGAUGUCAAAGUAUCAAUCCCCAGAGUGUCUCUCUUCGACUGUAGAGGAGAUUCUAUGA